AUGGUCGAGGACGAAUUCCUCGUCAUCGCCGGCAAGUUCACCGCCCACCUCCAUGCGGCGGAGUACCACCGUCUCAAGACGCAGGCACGCUCUCAAAACGCAGAUGCCAUUGCCGACAUCUCCCGUCCCGUCGUCGGCUCGCUGACCGAACUGGCGAGGCGCCGCCAGGAGGACCUUCUCAGGAAGAAGAACCAGCAGCAGGCGCUCAGGCAGUCCAGCGCCGGCGACGGAGACGAGGCCGGCGAGACGGAGGGAGAGGACGCUGCGCUCUGGCGGGGGUCGUCGCUUCGCGGGCUCAUGGACAGUCCGCGGAAGAGGGAGGUGAGGAUCUCGGCACUCGCGAGGGCAGAAAGCAGCGCUGGAAGGACGGGCGCCAGCUGGGAUAGAGAGGGAGGGGUCCAGCGUAGGCUGAUCUUUGCGGGCGAGGGCGCUGUGAAGAGGUCGCGGCCGGAGGACACGGCGAAUGAGGAUGAAGAUGAUUUGGAUGCGCCGGCGAGAUCGAGGCUCAGUCCGCAACGAUUGGCAGAGCCUACUUCGUCGAGAUCGAAGGCGACUGGUUUUCAAGCGGCAAGCUUGUCGCUUGGACACGCAAAGCCGGCUCCUGCAAAAAGGCCGGCGAAGGGCGACAGUGCGACUGUUGUGACCAUGGCACCAAACAUGGUCGAGAACACCAACGAUCAGCGGGAGUCCGAGUCUGAGGAGGAUGACAUUUUCACGCGAUUCAAGAGCCGGCAGACAAGCGACAGACGGCGGAGACCUGUAGCCCGAAAGACGGCGGAGGGAAAGGGUGACACGAAGGGGGACAUUAUUCCAUCAUUCAUGUCAUGA